UUCUGACGCAUUGAGCCUCUGAAGUCCUGUCAUAGGUUGCUGUAGGGCCUGGCCUCAUUGCCUCCUGCUUGCAUUUAUAGAGGGGCUGUGAAGCACCUUGUGACAUAUGGGAAAAAGGCAGGGCAGUGGUGAUAGACACCGUGAAGGAGAGGCGAUGCUGGACCUCAUCAUCCUCAGCCUUCAUUUCUUUAUCUGCUUUCUCAUCUCCAUUGCAAUCUGGUGUGGACCAAAGGACAUGGAUUUGCACAGCUCAAGCACAGGAACUGAAAUGGAGCCUGAUGGUCUUAUAUUCAUUGGCAAAGAAGAGGACAUAAAGAAGUCCCAAAGAAUAACAACCAAAAUCAAUGGCAGAGAAAUUGUUGUUUUCUACCAUGAGGGGAAAUUUCAUGCUCUGGACUCUCGUUGCUACCAUGAAGGCGGCCCUUUAUACUGUGGAGAAAUAGAGGAUAUCAAUGGACAAGCAUGUAUUGUUUGUCCUUGGCAUAAGUUUAAAAUUACCUUGGAAACAGGAGAAGGAUUGUAUGAAGGAAUAAAUCCUCUGGAGCCAUCACCAACACCGAAGUGGCAGUCAAAAGGAGUCAAACAAAGGAUUCAUACAGUCACAAUAGACAAUGGAAAUGUUUAUGUGAGUCCUCCAGAUUUUUCUGUGAGUUUCGACUCUGAUUAUUUUGCUGACAAGUACAAAAAUGGUGGUGAAUUACCCAUGGGAAAACAAAGACACUCAGAAGAUGCAGGAGUAGUCAUGGCUGGACACCAGAAUCCUGGGGAAUGCACAAACGAAUAAUAUUUGUUGGGAAAUAGAAAUGUGCUGUGCUAUGAAGAUUCUCUCCAAAUUAAAUUAAAUGUUAAUUCAAUGUUAAAGCAUUGAAAUAAUAGUAUUGAGUAUGAUAAGAAGUCCUGCAUUGUCAGAAAUGUGACUGACCUUGUGCGGAGUGCACUGGCAUUUCAAAAAAUACUUAAUUACAGCAGAGUGCCUCACAAUAUUUGAUAUUUUGCUAGAACCAUUUUAAAGUUUUAGAGGGGAUGCUAUGGCUUAUAAAACUUACUACAUAGUUUAAAGUAGAUAGUCAGGUGCAAAGGUUAUCUUUAUAUACUUAACAGUUUAUACUUCUGUUACCUGUGGUAAAAAUGACAUAGAGAUUUUUAACUUUUGAGAUAUUUGUGUGAUCUCUACAUAUUUAUUAAGUGCCACAAAGGAAGGCACAGAACUUCAGCAUGUUUUGGUGCACUCUUUUAUACAUAUUUGUGCAUUACUACCUUGAAUAUAUAGAGGUAUUUCUUUUCCUUCUUCUCACUGAACUCCUCUCUUCAGUUUAUUGAAUAAUGUGGCAAGGAUUUGUUAUGUAUAGCUUGAUCUUCCUGACUCUUUUGGUUAAAGAGGGAGCUGUUUGGUGUGAUAUGUGAACUAGUGGCCCUUGUUUGCUUGUUUUUAUUUAUUGUAAAUAUAUUU